AUGGGCAGUAUUGAAGCAAUCCCAACUGUCGAUAUUAGUGCAUGGAUUGACACAUCUAGCACAGAAGAGGAACGUCAACGGGCGGUUGAUGAAAUGCGUAACGCUUGUACAAGAUAUGGCUUUUUCAACCUUAUUGCGCAUGGCGUGUCGCCGCAGGCCCAAAGUCAGGCUUUGAACUGUGCGAAAUUAUUUUUCACUUUAUCCGAGCAGGAAAAGAUGGAAGUUUGCAUUUCAAAGUCCGUAGGAAGGUCUUUUAGGGGAUACGAACCACCGGGUAUUCAAGUUCACCAGGAAGGGCUCCUCCCUGAUACAAAAGAGUGCUUCAUCAUUGGACAUGAAGUUCCUGAACAUGAUCCAGAAUGCGGCACAUUUUCCACGGGCCCUAACCUUUGGCCCAAGUCACUACCCGAGGACGAGUUUCGCAUUCCAAUAAUGGAGUACCAAGCAAGAAUGGUGGCACUUGUCAAAGUGCUGCUGAAGAUUCUCGCCCGUGGCUUGCCAAAGGAGUGGAACUGCUCACCAGACGUACUGGAUCCUCUGGGCGAAAACAAUCCAUCGAUUCCGAUGAGACUGCUACAUUAUGGCCCUCAGCCUAUCAGAGAUGAUAGACAAUUUGGAGUCGGUGAUCACACUGACUUUGGUUGUGUGACGAUACUCCUACAGGACAUGGGUACCGAGGGCCUUGAAGUCUGGUACCCACCCACAGAGACCUGGAUCCCUGUUCCCCCUCAGGAAAAUGCAUAUGUGAUCAAUGUUGGGGAUAUGUUGCAGAAGUUUACUGGUGGGUAUUAUCGGAGUGCCCGACACAGAGUCGUUACUUUCACGGCGAAUCACCGAUAUAGUGUUCCGUUCUUCCUGAAUGGUCAGCUUAAGCUCAAGUGCAAGACUUUAGAUGGAUCCGGGACUGAAACAAUAGUCGCAGAGCACAUUCGAGGAAGACUGCUUGAGACUAUGGGGAAGGCAGGCGAGAAGCUGAAGUAA